AUUUCCAACAUAUUUCAUUCGCAAUUAGUCUUAUUCGGCAAAUGGCCUUUUUUUUAUAGACUGGUGCUCUACAGCUAGACCGGGUUGUAUAUUAAAAGAGUCGAGGAAUAUGACUCGCUUAAAACGCGUGAAUUUUGAAGCAGCGACACUGGCUUCGUCGUUUCGGUUUUCUUUCCAUCGAAAAAUAAUGGCAUUUACGGCUCACAGCAAGCUGCCAGAAUUGAACACGGCAACUAUCCUUCUGGUUGGAAUGCAGGGCAUUGGUAAACACAGACUGGCAGGGGCACUCUUAAAUCUCAACACGUCCUACUCACUGCAAGUCCGGACUGCCACCCAUCUACCGUUACCUGCUGAAAACAGCGAGAGCCGGCCCAAGAUCGACUUCGUCGUUUUUCUCCUUGAUGCCAACAACAAUAUGAGCAUUAGCAAAACGGUCGCAUCUGCCAAGGAACUGGAUGUGAGUUACUUCUUGGGCAAGGCAUGCUUUGUUGUCCUGAAUGCGACCAGUGAGCGCUUACAUUGCACCGACAUGAGUAACAUCACUGGGCUGUGCGAUGCUCACGAUUCCCCCAUGCUGUGCGGGAGUGUCCAGGACGAGAACCAGAGAAAAAUUUUGGCUCGGAAGCUGUUAUGUCUGACAGAGAUCAGCAGCGGUUUCAAGCACGCCAUAUCCCCAAUGCUCAUCCAAGCAACAAAACAUACAUACGAGUUCAUGGAAACGUUAUGAUGAUGACAUUACAAGCGAGAUGAGAUUUUGGACUUGCAUUGAAACAGGAGAUUUUGCUCUGGAGUGCUUGACGUUUUUGCUUGCUUUGAUGGUAAAUCUAGUCCAGCAAGAAAGCACGACUACAAAUGCGAGAUGGUACAAACAUUCGGAUAACCAUUGGAUCUUGGAUUGGACAGAGUAGCGGGCAGUUUAUACAAGAUGUGUGAAGUGCACUAGGCAAGCAUCAGACAGGAUUAGUUAAUGUCAGCCUGGUGUUACAAGACAAGCAAUGUAAAGUUCGUAGUCUGAACAACAUAAAUUAAUGGGCACUUCUUCAUCCAGUCGGCAUUUCAGAACUCCCAAAAGAGAUACGAAACUAAAGCUUUAAAACUGCCCAGUAACGAACCAAAUCAAUUAUCGUGCUCUUUGGUACCGAGCUGAGUUCUAAGUGUACAACUACAUGUGCAAGCCAGGGAAAAAAGUCAGUGAAAUCUAUAAAAUCUGGAUCCAAACAAAGUCUGUAGAUAUCCGACAGUUCAGUUUUUUUUUAAACCACAGCCAAAUGUGAAAGAAAUGUUAGUGAACCUAAUGCCUCACUAUGGCCAAGUUUUCUUGUGGUUUCAGGUGGUCUCCAGUUUGUCCACAUUAGUUUUGUCAGAUGUGCCAAUUGAUAUUUAGACCAUGCCAAGAGUGAAAGGGAAAAAAAGAGAGUUAGAGAGUGGCUUUCUAAACAACAGCUGAAUCAGGCACUUGUCGGCUUUGCACCCAUCUGUGUUAACUUUAGUAGCAGAAAAAAACAACUUUAACAUAAGCUUUUCAGAUCAUACAGGGAUAUUUGUACAAUUUAUUUCAGUGAAAAUAAAACAUUCAUGUAUUGUUAUA